CUAUUUUUCACCACUUACCUGGAAGGAGGGCAACAUGGCAAAGCCCUUCUACAGGCUCCAGCGCUUCUUGCGACGGACUCAGCUGCUCUUCUUGUUUCUCGGUAUUGCAUACAUUAUGGCUGGAAGUGUCCUCCUUCUGCAGAGACAUGGAUUGGUGGUGUCACAGCGUGGGACGAGCAGUUACUUUCCAUUGCCGUCUUUGCCAUCUCCUCCCAGGGCUCUGGAGGCACCUGCCCUCCGGACAAGUUAUGGAAUAAUGGGAGCUCGGCUCUCCGGAACGGAGGUGGGAUCCCAAAACGUUUUAUCCGAAGACAACGCUGGACCACAAUGGCUGAUCUCACGAAACCAGGAGAUCCGGUAUCUGAGACGUCGCUGGUUCCACAGCCUCAUGUCCGAACAGGAAGCAUCCAGAGUGGAGAAAGUUCUUCCGAAAAGAAAAAUCCGACACAAAGGCACGUACAUUGGCUGCUUUCUAGAUGACGCCAAAGACCGGGCGCUCAAAGGGAUGGUGUUUUAUGACUUCCGGAAAAUGACCAGCACCUUGUGUCAGGACACCUGCACGGAAAGUGGGUACCAGUUCGCUGGCCUUGAAUAUGGGUCUGAGUGUUACUGUGGAAACCGCAUCACAAGCGCUAGGAUGAAAGAGGAGGAGUGUAACUUGGACUGCAAAGGCGAGAAGGGCGCCAUCUGUGGAGGUGUGUCCCGUCUGUCCAUUUACAAGGUGGAGGAGGUUCUUCCUGGCCAGCGGAGAUACAGGAACGUGCGCUACCGGGGCUGCUUCAAAAAACCUGACAACACAACAGCAGCUUCCCUGGCUCAUGCCAUCCAGCCCAACCUCACCUCCCAGUGGUGCAUCCAGACCUGCAUGUAUCAGGAGUUUCCUCUGGCUCUGGUCAGGAAGCCUGACUGUUUCUGUGGCUAUGCCACUCCUCGCUUCACUCUUCACGAGCCGGUAAAAGAGGAGCUCUGUGCUGUUGAAAACAGCAGUCUGCUUACCCAGGGUUCUCGUCAGCUCUUCCUCCAGGUUUAUCAGACACCUGUUCAAGAUUCCAGAUGCACAGAGAAGAAGUUUCUACCUGAGAAGUCCAGCUCACUGGUGGCUCUGUCCAGUUUUCCUGGUGCGGGGAACACCUGGGUGAGGCACCUGAUCGAGCUCGCCACAGGCUACUACACAGGCAGUUACUACUUUGAUGGCACCCUCUACAAUAGAGGUUUCAAGGGUGAGAAAGAUUACUGGAAGAGUGGAAGAACCAUCUGUGUGAAGACACAUGAGAGCGGCCAGCGGGAUAUAGAGAUGUAUGACUCAGCAAUACUGUUGAUAAGAAACCCCUACCGCUCACUCAUGGCUGAGUUCAACCGCAAGUGCGCCGGGCAUCUUGGUUACGCUUCUGAUCAGCACUGGAAGAGCAAAGAGUGGCCCGAAUUUGUGGGUAGUUAUGCCUCCUGGUGGGCUUCUCACGUUUUGGACUGGCUGCGUUAUGGAAAGAAACUUCUGGUGGUGCACUAUGAGGAGUUGCAGGAGUCACUGGUGCCCACAUUACGAUCCAUCACUACCUUCCUCAAUACCAGUGUCAGUGAAGAGCGGCUCCUCUGUGCUGAGUGCAACAAGGAUGGCCACUUCAAGCGCUCAGGUGUGCGACGGCCCACCUUUGACCCCUUCACCCCAGAUAUGAAACGGCUGAUUGAUGGAUACAUCAGCACUGUGGACCAGGCCCUCAGAGCCAGCAACCAUUCUGGCUUGCCAAAGGAGUAUCUCCCAAGAUGAUAGGUCCAGAACUAGAGUACAGGACUGUCUGUCUCGAUCAAGAUUCAGUGCUACAAGCUAUGAUGCCCAGGAGAUAUUUUGAUACAUUUUUUCCUCACAUAUUGAGGUCAGAAAUAAUGCCAUAUGUGCUGGUGUGCUUCGAGAUCGUCAUGUUUUAACGGCGGUAUGUGGAUCAGUCUGUAAAAGGAAGCAAUUUGACAAUUGCAGACUUGAACUUGAGACUCAAAAACAUCUCUAGUCAGAGGCAAAAUAAGUUCUCCUCCCUCCUUUGGGAGGAAACUUGAGUGCUUAAUUACAUACUUCAACUACAAGUCAACAAGAGGCCUAAUAAACAACAGAUGUAAUUGCUUAUGAACUAAUCCGACGUACCGUAGAUGAUUAUGACAUGUCAACCACAAUAACAACAUUUUAUGACUACACAGUGACUUUUUUUUUACUUUGUAUGGACAAUUUAGACCAUUAACAAAGCUGAUAUCAUAAAUUCUAGGCUAAAUGUAACCUAUUAGUGGUCUGUAACCAUAGACACUGCAAAAAUGAUUUUUGUCUUUUUUGGUAAAACAUCUUAACAUUCUUAAAACAAGAUACAUUUACUUUGACAAGCAAACUGACGUAAGUAUAAAGACUUGUUAUAUGAAAAAAAGAAAAAAAAUUAAAACACAAAAUACGAACAAAUGGGGUAACCUUCGAAUUAAUAUUUUUGUAUCAACUUGCUUAAUUCUUUCAGAAAACAAGACAAUACUAAAACAAGACAUAUAAGUAAUUUUGCUUCUCAAGUAAAUUUAUCUUGAUUUAACAUCAUUAAAAACAUUGUGAACAUUGAGGAUAAGGUUGAGGACAAUGUUAUUAUUCAAGAAUUAAGUAUUGAAAAAGUCAUAUUUAUAUACCACAAAACUAAAUAUUAAGUUCAACAUAUCUAUGAUAUAACAACCCUGAUGGAAGCAGAAUGUAAUACUACGUUGUGGAGUAGUAGAAUAACAAACACAUUUUUUAAAAACCUUUAAGAUCAAGAAAAUAUGACAUGGCAAACAGACUUAGCAUACAUCAAAGUCAAACGAAUUGUGCCUGUCCCCAUCCCACUAGAUUCCUUCAGAAUGGAACUAAAGCUUUCAGCUGGACUAGACAAGACUUGCCUUGCGGAAUGGUGCUAGCCUGAUGCUAAUCCUCCCAGAGCUGAUUAGCAUGCCGCCAGCAUGCUCCAGACGUGUCUGGAUUAAGCACUGGUGUAAUACUCUUUUGCACAUUGCCAAACUGCUGCAAAUUCAGACAAUGUCACUGUAGUGCUAGUGACAGGAAUCCCACCAGGGGGCUGUUUCUGCUGAGUUAUUCAACUAGACGCAAAGGAUCAAUCGGUUAGCAUCAUUCAGCAUCAAAUUUCUCACUGUUUGAGUUUGGUCCAUAAUUUAAUAGCAUUGAGUAGGUUUACAUAGAGCUGAGUGUGUAACUUUAAACAAACACUCCCCCAUCUGUCAUUGGCCUGAAAAAAAUGAUAGUAACACCCCCAAAAUUACAUCACUGGUUCAGUCAGUGUUGCUAUGCUGGACUGGUUGGGGUGUUUAAUAGUGCCAUAGCCAUACUGUUUACAGUUUUUGGAUGAAUCAACUAAGCUGGGGUGGAAGAAAGUUUUUAAUGCUAGAAAACACACACACACUUAAAGAGAUAGUUCAUCUGAAAUUGAAAAUUCUGUCAUCAUUUACAGAGUUAUUUUAGUUGGAUUUAUAUACUAUUAUAGUAUUUAUGUAGGGUGACAAUACGGGCCAUUUUUACGGGACGCGUCCUUGCAAGGAUUUCUAUAUUGCCUAAAAUAUCCAGGUUUUGGCUGUUUGCACUUUGUAGAUCGAUCGUUGCAUGACAUUCACGAGAGCUACAGAGUGCAGAGCAGACGGCUCCUUAUGCUUUCGACUCGCUGUCGCGUUACUUUGCUGUUAUUCAAUGAUCGGUGCGCAGCGAACAAACAAACACGUGCGCUUAUUUGCAUCGCUGUAAUCGUUCUCUGUAGAUCUCACCUUCUCACGCGCCACGAUUUGUUGAUUAUAUACAAUACCUGCAUGUUAUUGGUCAAACUACUUUGGAUGUUUUAGGCAAUAUAAAAAUCCUGGCCAGGACAUGUCCCGUAUAAACAGCACAUAUGGCCACCCUAUGUCUGUGUGAACUAUCCCUUUAAACCUUUAACUAUAAAUUGUCAAAUUUCUUUGGCACCCAUGACAUUUUUUGGCCUCGUAGGAUUCCUGAAAAGAGAUAUAUACUGUAUCAGUGAGCUUAACAGAAGGAUAAUUAAUGAGCCAUAUAUAAGGUUUAAUGAAAUAUAUCAGAUUUGGCUUUAGGUUGGUUCUAUAAGCCUCUGCUGUGGAGAAUAUAAUGCUGUGCGCCCAGUAUGAAUUAUAAAUGAAAUCCAUUGCGCCCCCACUGUGAUUUCCUGCAGGCUUAGUGUUGAGGUCAUUGUGUCUUGUCUGGAGAACUGUGACAGAUUAAUGUGUAAAUGAAACAGAAUUUUAUUUACGUGCAUAUCUUGUAGAUUGCUGCAGUAUAUGGUGCACACAUGCACUACAUCGAUACGUGUAUGGUAGUGUGUGGUUGUGUAUGUCUUGUGUGUGUGUUUGUUUGCACGCACAGUUGUGUUCAUGAGCCUCAUUCCAUGGACAAAAAAAAUCCAAUUUUUUCAUGAAUUAUGUUUGCUGAUCUUUCCACAGCAGCAAAUAGGUUCUUUUUCUGCUGUCCUAGGGCAAAGGAACAAGAGGCAUAAUGAGCUCAAGUCUUCUUUUUUUAUUUUCAUAAACUCUCUUGACAUCGGUCAGACCCUGUGACUGCUAUUCACUUGUGCGGAUAUUAUUGAGAGGGGCCGGCCCCCAAGGUUUUACUGCUGUUGUGAAAACACAAUGAAUAAAAUUCAUGAUG